AUGCAUGUAUUCAUAGAUGUUCUUCUUUGGGAAGGUGAAGAUGCUGUUUCCAGUCUACGUAGUAGUGAGGCAGCAACUAUUUUUAAAAUAAAGCUGUGUGACAUACCGCAACUUAUAAAAGUAAAGUCCAAAGUAUAUGAAUUAAGAGGUGUUUUGGCUUUUCAACGACCGAAAAGUUCAUUGAGAAAUUCAGUUAGUCACUAUACAGCAUAUAUAAAAAGAGGAUCUAGAAAUUGGGAACUGUAUGACGACCUUAAGAAAAUGCCUGUCCUAGUAAAGGAACAGAUAGCACACAGUUUAAAGUAA